UUACCACAUACCGGUCCCAAGAUGGCCGCCCCGGUAGCAGAAAGGCGCCUCAGUGUUGGCUGAUGACUCGGUCCUUACAGCUCGCAACCACUGGGCGGACUUCCAGCAUUUAUUUCUCUCCCCCGCCUCCGGCCUCCAAUUAAAAAAAAACUUGCAGCCUUUCUAUGUUUUGAAGACGACAGCAACAAUAACGCGUCAUGGCGUGCACUUUGUAUCACUAGACUACCGAUAUGGAACAGUCCGAGCUGCAGCCGCCUCAAAUGCAAAGGGAAGACAAAAAAUCAGGGGAUGUAGCUUUUGAAGAUGUUGAAUCAGAUGAAUAUUCUGAGGAAUCUAGCAUUGAAGGUUUUUAUGGAACUUCACCGCCUAGUACCCCACGACAGAUAAAACGCAUGUCAACUAAACAUCACAGGAAUAACGUUGGGAAAACAGACAGUCGCUCCAGUAAUAAAGAAAAGGUGACUGUGCCGAAGCAGCUGACACCUAAAGACAAGAACGUUGAAAACGUAGCUGUAAUCAGUGAUAAGCAUGGAAAGAAACUACGCUCCAAUAUGCGAACAACAGAAAGAGACCAUAAGAAAACAGUGCAAUGUGCAUUCAUGUUAGACCCUAUUACUGGGUCUUCUGCAAAGAAUUCAAUUCCUAACAAACCUUACCUCUGCCUUAGCUGUAGUAAUUCCAACUCUCCAGUUUCGGUGCCUGUUAGCAGACCGACACGGCAGACUUCUAGAACAGAUUGCCCAGCCGACCGCCUGAAAUUCUUUGAAACUUUGCGAUUACUUCUGAAGCUUACCUCAGUUUCUAAGCGAAAGGAGAAGGAACAGAGGGGUCAGGAAAAUACCUCUUACGAAUUGAACAGAUCAAAUGAACUUAUUUGGCUGGAGCUGCAGGCCUGGCAUGCAAGUCGUAGCAUAAGUGAUCAGGAUGUUUACUUAUACACUGCGCGCCAAGCUGUCCCUGAUAUUAUUGAUGAUGUUUUGAACUUCAAAGUAAAUUAUGGAAAUCUCUGUGCUUGCAAAAGAGAUGAUUAUGUUGACGCUGCUGGAGAUGAUGAGAUUUUUCAACAGAAGACGGAAUGUUUUAGGACUUCAGGAGCUCAUGUUUUUGGUCACAGUGUUUAUCAGGAGCACAUUCAGUGUCAAAGAGUUGCAUUUGAGCAGGUUAAAAGUAUUAUGGAGCUGCUAGAGUCUGUGGAAGCACUUUAUCCGUCAUUGCAGGCCCUCCAGAAAGACUAUGAGAGGUAUGCUGCAAAGGACUUUCAAAGCAGAGUGCAGGCGCUCUGCUUGUGGCUAAACAUAACUAAAGACCUGAACCAGAAAUUGAACUUAAUGCGCACAGUCCUGGGCAUUGAGAAAUUGCCAAACAUUGGCUGGCCAGUGUUUGAAAUCCCAUCUCCUCGUCCUUCUGGAACAAGUGACCCAGAUGAGGAAGGGAACAAUAGUGACAAUUGCUCACAGACUUGCCUGUUGGAAAAUGAAGAUGCACAAGGUCAUGAAGAUGAAGUCACUGAGUCACAAAAUGACAGAGAAUAUAGUGCAUGUAGGCACAAAGCAGGGGUACAUGUUCAUUUUCAGUCGUUGGAUGGUUUCCCAAAGACGUUUGAAAGAUCCACGUCUGAAGAUGAGGCACCAUUAACGGGAAAUCAGUCUACUGAGUGCCCAUCUGACAUUAAUGUCAACAGAAAUUGUCAAACCUCAAUUUAUAGGCCUUUUGUUGAUAAAGCACUGAAACAAAUGGGAUUACGGAAGCUCAUAAUGAGACUUCACAAGUUAAUGAAUGGGUCCCUACAGAGGACUCGAAUAGCACUGGAGAAAGAUGUUAAUACACUGGAGUUCUCUGCUGUUCCGGAGCCUUUGAGCUGCCAUGACUAUCUGCCUGAAUUGUCUCACAUGUCUUCCUGCACAGAGCAGAAAGGCAGCACUGUGUCCUGGGAACAGCUGGAAGCUAUGGAACUCCCAUCUUUCCAGCCUGCUUACUUGGUUUUAUGUCGAGUUCUCCUCAAUGUUAUUCAUGAAUGCUUGAAACUGAGGUUGGAGCAGAGACCUGCAGGAGAGCCAUCGUUGCUCAGCAUUAAACAGUUGGUCAGAGAAUGCAAGGAAGUGCUGAAGGGUGGUCUACUUAUGAAGCAGUAUUAUCAGUUCAUGUUGCAUGGGAUCAUGGAUGAAUUCCAGCGACAGCAGAAGGUUAAUAGCAAUAUUGAUGAAUUUGAGGAAGAUCUACAUAAAAUGUUGAUUGUUUAUUUUGAUUAUAUGCGGAGUUGGAUACGGAUGCUGCAGCAUUUACCCCAAGCUUCCCACAGUCUGAAGAACCUUCUUGAAAUAGAAUGGAACUUUACCAAAGAAAUAACACCCUGCAUACGAGGAGGAGAGGCCCAAGCAGGAAAACUCUUCUGUGACAUAGCUGGAAUGCUACUGAAGUCCACUGGAGAGUUCUUAGAUUCUGGACUUCAGGAAAGUUGUGAUGAAUUUUGGGCAAGCGCUGAUGAUAGUACAGCAUCAGAUGAAAUCAGAAGGUCUGUUAUAGAGACCAGUCGUGCAUUAAAAGAGCUGUUUCAUGAAGCUCGGGAGAGAGCAUCCAAAGCUCUAGGAUUUGCUAAAAUGCUAAGAAAGGAUCUCGAAAUAGCAGCUGAAUUUACUUUGUCAGCUCCCGUGUCAGAAGUUGUAGAAGCUCUUAAAACAAAAAAAUAUGUCCAGGUUCAAAUCCCUGGUCUGGAGGACCUGAAUAUUUUUGUUUCAUUCGAGCUGGCAGAGCGAAAAUCUCAGAUACUUCAGCUGCUCAGUGCAACAGCUGGCAAGGACUGCUCAAAAGAAUCUGAUGAAUCUGUUGAUGAAGCUUGCUUACUUCUCAUCAAAGGUGACACUAAAGUUAGAGGACAAGUAGAUAACUGGAAAUUGUGGAGUGGCCAGUCAAUCAAAAUACUGCCACAGGUAGAAACUAUGGAAACGUUGAGAAGCAUGGAGAUUAAUAAUUUACUGUUGGUCGUCAUGCAGUCUUCCCAUCUUGUGAAUCAACGUAAAACAUUUCAACAAUCCAUACGAAAUCUAAUCUCACUGCACCGUGAACAAACAUCUAGCCAGCCUGUCAUAGCCAGAGCUUUGGAGCAGCUGAAGCAAGAAGCAUUAUUGCUGUGCAAUAAGAUUAGUAAUGCAAUUGAUAGGAUUGACCAGAUGUUUAGUUCUGAGUUUGAAGCGGAAAUGGAUGAAUCUGAACAUGCAACUUUACAGCAGUACUACAGGGAAACCAUGAUCCAAAGUUAUAACUUUGGUUUUGAGUAUCACAAAGAAGUUGUGCGCCUAAUGUCUGGAGAAUUCAGGCAGAAAAUGGGAGACAAAUUUAUAAAUUUUGCUAGGAAAUGGAUGACGUAUGUGCUCACAAAAUGUGAAAGUGGAAGGGGAACAAGACCCAGAUGGGCAACUCAAGGCUUUGAUUUCCUUCAAGCAAUUGAACCAGGAUUUAUUUCAGCUCUUCCUGAAGAUGACUUUGUGAGUUUGCAGUCUCUAAUGAAUGAGUGUAUCGGUCAUGUGAUAGGAAAGCCUCAUAGUCCUGUGACAGGAAUUCAUAGAAAUAGUCCUCGUCCUAUCAAAGUACCUCGAUGCCAUAGUGACCCACCAAAUCCUCAUCUCAUCAUUCCGGCAUCUGAGGGAUUCAGCCCAAGGAGUCUUGGCUCUGAAGUGAGGAACCAAUGUGUUGCUGUUGCUAUUCGCUCGCCACCUACAGUGGGUGACCUCAAUCUCGUCAAAUCUGCAAGCACUGCUAAUGAAUUAAGGGGUUCAAGUGUCCCUGAAAAUGACCGCCUAGCAUCCAUAGCAGCUGAACUGCAAUUCAAGUCAUUAAGUCGACAUUCCAGCCCCACUGAAGAUCGUGAUGAACCUAUAUAUCCUAAAGGUGAUGUUAGCGCACGAAGAAGCUGGGAGCUUCGCUCUCUGUUAAGUCAGCCAAAAGAUAUAGCUGCUAAGCAAAGUCGAAUUGACAUUGUCCGCAAGUCAAUUAAAUCUUUUGAGGAGCAACAGAACCGGCAAAUGAAGCAAAAGAAUAUCAUUGGCCAAGUCUGUGAUAUUCCCAAAUCGUAUGAUAAUGUCAUGCAAGUUGGAUUAAGAAAAGUGACGUUUAAGUGGCAGAGAGGAAACAAAAUAGGUGAAGGACAGUACGGAAAAGUGUAUACUUGUAUAAAUGUUGAUACUGGAGAGCUAAUGGCAAUGAAGGAAAUCAGAUUCCAGCCGAAUGAUCAUAAAACAAUCAAGGAGACAGCAGAUGAAUUGAAAAUUUUUGAAGGCAUCAAACACCCAAACCUGGUGCGGUAUUUUGGUGUGGAACUGCACAGAGAAGAAAUGUAUAUCUUUAUGGAGUAUUGUGAUGAAGGCACACUUGAAGAGGUGGCAAGGCUGGGUCUACAGGAACAUGUAAUACGAUUGUACACCAAGCAGAUCUCCACUGCAAUCAAUGUACUGCACGAACAUGGAAUUGUACACCGAGAUAUCAAGGGUGCCAAUAUCUUCCUCACCUCAUCAGGUCUAAUCAAACUGGGGGACUUUGGUUGUUCAGUAAAACUGAAGAAUAUUGCACAGACCAUGCCUGGUGAAGUGAAUAGUACUCUUGGCACUGCUGCUUACAUGGCUCCUGAAGUUAUUACUAGAGCAAAGGGUGAAGGGCAUGGACGUGCUGCAGAUGUUUGGAGCCUGGGAUGUGUCCUUGUGGAGAUGGUCACAGGCAAGGGUUCAGCUUUGUUCCACAUUUCUGAAGAAGGCAGGAUGAGAAUUCCCAACCCAGAAAUGUAGAGCUCAAUAUUAGAAAAUAAAAUCAGUUGAGUGAGAAUCACCUGUGUUUGCAAGCCCUUGGAAUAUCCAACUUUUGUAUUUAUGUGCUGUAUGUACCAAACAGCACUGGUCACAUGACUAAUGUAAUUAAUCUUUACAUUUAUUUGCUGUUUCAUUGGCAAUUCACUAUUGUCUGUGUGAAAAGAUUAGUAAAUGUGAAUAGAUUAGUAAACAUUAAUCCAGAUCCCCUCAAACUCUUUCUAACAUGACUUUGAAAGUUUGCAUUUGUGUGUUUCAGAAAAUGUCUGUGUAGAGAAAUAGACCUGAAGCAAUAAUUAUUCACAACAAGGGAGAGGUAUGAAUUAUGCCACCUGCACACUGUGCCUCAUGGGGAAUUCUUGACACUUUUGGAUUUAUAUCCAUUCGAUGUGAUUGUUCCUUAAGCUUGUUAGUUUGUGUCCAGAAAAGUUUAAAAUUGUCCAUGUCUGUAAAGCUGAUUUGAUUUUUUGAUGUAAAUUCCAAUGAUUCAUUCAAGUAUCUAGAACAACACUUCAGAAUAUGAAUCAUAAAAAGAACUGUUGAUCUCUGAAAUGUUUUGGAGUGGUUCCUUCAGCCUGCACAUUCAGAAAGAUGAUGUUUGAAUCAGACAACACCCAAGAAAUUACAAGAUAUGAGUCAGUCUGUUAAAACUCAUCUGUUAAUCUUGCCUUAAUUUUAAUAUAACAGUUGACAGCGAUUCAUACUCUGUUAAAGCACUUCUUUGACUGUAGAACAAAAGAAAUCAAUCAAUACUGGUAACACACUACAUGAGCCUGCUUUCUAGUAUCAAGAUGGGCCACAGACAGAAAUCACAUAUGGAUGAUAGUAUAAGAUAGCGGUGGAGACUAGAUAGACCUUAGGUUUAGGGUAGUAGUUCGGCACAACACUGUGGGCCAAAGGACCUGUACUGAGCUGUAUUGUUCUAUGUUCACAAGCCUGGUGCUGUACACAGUUCUUUGUCAUUUUGAACUCAAGGCACUGAAUUCUACCAGUGCUGUGGCCCUGACAACAUUCUGGCAGUAGUACUGAAGACUUGUAGUCCAGAACUAGUCAUGUCCCUAGUGAAGCUAUUCCAGCUACAACGCUAGUUUCGAUCUGAGAAUCUGAAAAGUUGUCCAGUAUGUUUUGUCAGUCUAUAUCAGCAAUGUGAUAGGAGGGGUUACUAUCAACAGCAUUUGCAAAGGGCUUACCUGGCUCUCGAUCUCAUUGCAACCUUGGUCCAAACAAGGACAAAAAAGAGCUGAACUCUAGGAUGUGAAAGUGACUGCUAUUGUCAUCAAAAUAGCAUUUGACCAAAGAUAGCAUCAAGUAGCCCAAGCAAAACCUGAAUUAUAAACAGUUGAAGCAUGUCAUAACUGGUGGCCCAGCUUCGUUCCCUAAAACUAAGUCCAGAGCCACAUUAAUAUUUGUUUAUCUUUCUAUGUUAUGACGAAAACAAAAUUCUCCUGAAUGUAUUUCAAAAAUUUUAUUUCACAUGCUGUUUCUAUCCC